AUGUACCACUUGGGAGAGGGCAACUCGUUUUUGCUCAAUAAGAUUGGCAGACAUAUUAUCAAUUGUGUCAAACACUGUGUGAACAUAGGAGAGGCUGAGGCACAAGAUGUGACCUGCGAUUUCAAGGCUCUCGAAGAUCCAGACGACCCUUUAUUUGGGUUUGAGUGGAAUAAAGACCCGAAUGAGACCACAACGAGAGGUAUUUGGUUUUCGCAGCCCUUUAUUGUCCGCAAAACCGGUGGCGAAGAAGUGGCCAUUAUUUUGGUGGACACACAGGGCUUGUUUAACGACGAGUCCACACAACAGGACAUGUCAACCAUUGUUGGUCUCAGUCUUCUUAGCGCUUCCACUCUUGUAUUCAAUUGUGAUAAUAUUAAAGACGAUGUGUUCUCAAUAAUGCACUCAUUUCUCGAAUUUGGAUUACAAGCUGUCCAAAGUGGGAGCGCCAGCGGUGAUGUUCACCAUAGUGAAAACAAUGACCUCAAACCUUUCCAAGAUUUGAUAUUUAUGAUCAGAGAUUGGAAAAGUCCUGACCCGCCCUACGAAUACGGUCUGGAAGGGGGCCGAAACUUAUUGAACCGUAAACUAAAAACGAAUGACAAUCAGUGCGAAACAGCGCAAUUUUGCGAUGUUUUUGUAAAUCCCGAUACGAUUACUGUAAAGACUAUCAACGGCCGACCGAUAACUGGCAACGAGUUCGGCUCGUAUAUUGAGGCCUAUGUUACUAUGUUUAAUAGCGAAUCAAUUCCUCAGGCUUCCGAUCUUGUUGGGGCAAUGCAUAAGGCCCACGAUACAAAUCUAAUUAAUCAGCUUAAAGACGAGUAUACAUCAAAUAUUAAAUCUUUAUUAGCAGACCGCCCAUUCGAAGGGCGCCAACGACUGGCCAACAGCUCAUCAACUUUGAUCGAUGGGAUAAUAUUAAAAUUUGGAUAUCGGCGAAAAUCAAUGACGGAGUCUGUGAUACAGGAACUGACCGAUCAGUUAAAUCACACUCUGGAGACGUCGUACAAACACAUAGAAAAAGAGAAUGAGAGCCGACGGCUGACGGCCGCUAUUAAUAAGAUCACUGAAUUGGUCACAGAAUUUAAGAAUGAUAUAGACCGCCAUAUUAAGCCGAGUGAUUAUAUGUCCGAUCAUACUAUAAAUAUAAUGAUUAACUCCAAAAGCGAGAAUAUUAUUAAAUUGUUUGAUAAAUUUUCUGCAAUCGAUGUCGAAAUGUUUACCGAACAUAAGGCAAAGUUAUUGCGUCAAUUGGAAAGCGAUGGAAAUGAGUGUCAACAAAUGCGCAGUCGCAUUGUAACCGAAAAUCAACAAAAAUAUCAAACACGGUUAAACUUAGCAGAGUUAAGCCGUCGCUUAGACCACACACAAACUGAGAUGAUGCACAUUUUUGUAAGUGACGCGGGAGCCCGACAACGGGCCAUUACCGCAUUCGUUGACCGUGUGUUGCAAUGGUAUAACAAGCGUGUGAUGGAAGAGUAUGGCGAUCGGCCAUACCUACUGCCGAAUCGAUUGAAUACAAUACACGAGGCACUGGUAACCAGAGCGGUGACCCUUUUCAAAACUGAGUGCGACGAUAUAGUUCCCAACUCGUUCGACGAGUUAGUCUUAAACAAACUUAAAAUGGCCUACGAUUCGGUGACCACCGAGAAUAACCAAAACGCACCGACAGUGCCGGCCAUUGGUAUCGAUUUGGGCACAACAAAUAGCUGUGUGGCCUACUAUAGACCUGGGCGCUUAGGUCAAGAGGGGAAGAUUGUUGUUUGUCACUGUAAUAACAACAUUCGCAACAACUAUGUAACUCCCAGUUGUGUCGAGUAUAGAGACAACAGAGAAGUAGUGGUGGGCGAAGAGGCCAGAGAUAACGUGCUGGCUAAUCGGCAAAACAUAAUCUAUUCGGCCAAACGAAUGAUUGGCCGCAAGUUUGACGAUCAAAAUGUAAUCAAAUUUAAACAGUAUUGGCCGUUCGACGUCAUCGAUAUAAACGGUGCAGCAGGUAUUGAGGUUAAGGUAGACGGAGCGUCGAGGCAACUGUUGCCCGAAGAAGUAUCUGCAGAAGUUUUGCGCAAAAUGAAAGCAGUGGCCGAGGAUAAUAUUGGACACAAAGUGUUUGACGCCGUCAUUACAGUUCCCGCCUAUUUCACGGAUGCUCAACGCGAGGCCACACGAGGGGCAGGAAUAAUGGCCGGUUUAAAUGUAUUAUCUAUCAUUAAUGAACCCACGGCUGCCGCAAUGGCUUUUAAACUCACUCGGUUUGACGACACGACCAAUAGGAAUGUGAUGGUUUUCGAUUACGGUGGCGGUACUUUAGACGUUGUGGUAUUGAAACUGUCGAUGAAUACUGUGGAGGUUCUGGCAGUGGGCGGUGACACAGCUUUGGGCGGCGAUGAUUUGGAUUACAAUAUAAUCAAUUACUGUUUGAGCGAGUUUUAUGCCCAGACUGGUGUGGCGUUGGAUCGAAACACAGUUGAGGGCGAUCGAGCACAACGGGCCCUUAAGGACCAAUGCGAACGUGAAAAAUGGCGUCUGUCCGAAGCCAAGUCGACAAUUAUCGCUGUGGAUAACAUUGCUGUCGGUAAUAAUUUGAAGGUUACUUUGACUCGAGCAAAGUUUGAGGAGUUGAACAAAGUGGAUUUUGACCGUACAAUAAAGUGUGUGACAUCUACAUUGGCUAAAGUUAAUGGCGGCGCCGGUAUGUUGACCGAUCAAAUCGACGACAUAAUUUUGGUCGGCGGCUCAACGCAUAUUCCUAAAGUAAAGGAUAUGAUUACUGAAUACUUUAAUGGCCGCCAACCGUCGCAUUCAGUGGACCCAAUGCUCGCCGUGGCUGAAGGCGCGGCACUACAGGUAACCUGUUAUAUUCAAGCCGCUAUAUUGAACGGAAACCAAGCCUAUCUACGUCAAUAUUUGCGAGUGCUCGAGGUUACGCCUCAUUCGUUAGGUAUUGAAUUAUAUGAUGGGUCCAUGAGCCGUAUCAUACCCGCCCAAUCACGUGUGGACGGUAUUCCCCGCACCAAUCUUUAUCGCACAGCUAUCGACAAUCAAACAAAGGCCAGUAUUAAUGUCUAUGAGGGUGAAAAUCCGGUCGCCACCAAUAACAGUCUAUUAGGAAAGUUUAUUGUCAAGGAUAUUCCUCCUGAAAAGGCGGGUAAACAAGAAUUGACGGUGGAGUUUUGUAUCAACGAUGAUGGUAUAUUAAAAAUUAAAGCAAAAGUGCUAUCCCAUGGCACUGUCACUCCCCAUGAAGUUGUUGAGUAUAAAGGCAGAUUGUCUAACGAUGAGCUGAUCCGACGUCGCGAUCGAUUAUAA